GCUGUGCAGCGUUUGGUUUACCAGCAUGACGAUACAGUCCUCGUUGCGGCAACAGGCUACGGCAAAAGCGCCGUUCUCUACACUGUUUCUGCCCUGACCGAGAAGAUCACGAUACAAAUCGUUCCCUUGACGAAGCUAGGCGAGAAUCAGCGUGACGAUAUCACCAGAAAUGUCCCUAAUUCGAAGCCGGUAUGGAUCGACGCCGACACGCAUCUCAAGGUCUAUUGCCCUGAGCCCCUGAGCCCCUGA